AUGAUCGCGCCGCCGCCGGCGUUCGCGGGCGGCGGCGACAACCGCUCCUCCGUCGCGGAGUCCGGCGACGACGGCGACGGCACGCGCGGCGACCGGCCGCCGCGCGGGUCGCCGGAGGCGCUCGCCGCGAGCUCGACGGCCGUCGAGUUCAGCCACAGCCGCAUCAUCCUCACGAUGCUGAAUCUGGGCGGCCUCGAGAUGCUCGCGACGGCGUCCAUGGACUGCAUGAUCUCGCUGUGGGACCUGCAGACGGGCAAGCACAAGCGGUCCCUGGAGGGCCACAGCAAGGGCGUUUGUUGUUUAUCGUACUCGCCCGAGUACCGGUUCCUGGUCUCCGGCGGCUUCGACUUCGACGUCAUCGUCUGGAACCCCUACGUCGAGCACCUCAUCUUACGUUUGCCGGGCCACACGAACUCGAUCUGCGGCGUCGAGAUCGUCGCCGACUCGCCGCAGCUCGUCACGGCGGACGUCGACGGCGUCAUCCGGGUCUGGGACGGCGACUCCGUGCUCCUGCGGCGCAUGACGGGCGGCCACGACGCCGACAUCACGGCGCUGUGCUUCUCCCACAACCUGAGCUUGAUCGCGACGGGCGGCAGCAACGGCACCGUCGUCAUCUGGGACUUUGAGUUCGGCCGGCUGCUCGGGAAAUGCGACAAGAUCAUCUCCGCGAUCACGAACCUGGCCUUCGUCGACCCGUACCCCGCUUUACUGAGCAGCGACGGCUCCGGCACGUUCCACCUGUGG